AUGUCCCACACAAUUUUGCUGGUGCAACCUGGUCCGAGGCCUGAAACGAGGACAUAUUCGGACUAUGAAAGCGUCAACGACUGCAUGGAAGGCGUUUGUAAGAUAUACGAAGAGCAUUUAAAGAGGCGGAAUCCUAAUACACCGACCAUAACAUACGAUAUAUCACAACUAUUUGAUUUCAUUGAUCAGCUUGCAGAUCUUAGUUGUUUAGUAUACCAAAAAUCAACCAACACGUACGCACCGUACAACAAGGAUUGGAUAAAGGAAAAGAUAUAUGUUCUACUACGUCAAGCUGCUGGCCAGAGCGAUUAG